AUGAGCUUUUCUCCGCCCCUGCCCCCACCAGCUCCGAUGUCACACGUCGCACACCAGCAAGAGCUCAUGCGAGUUUACCGAGAAGAGCUGCAACUGCAGCAGCGACUCAAGGAGCAGUGUCGCCUGCUGCAGUGCCUCGCGGAAGCUGCAGUGGGUAUGUUCUCGUGGUGGCGUGAAGGCGCAGCCGCCGCUGCCGCGGCGACAACGGACAGCGCCCUCCCGGUUGCCGGUCGCUCGCCCAUCUCAGAAGCGUCGAUGGGCUCUGAUGCGAACACAGGCGAGUUUACCCUGCCAUCGGCGUCAUCACUCUUGAAGCUGCACUCGGGCAUGGUCUUUUACUCACUGGGGGAGCUGCUGCAGCUGUGGUCAGCCACCACAGCCCCGUCAGACUUUGGCGGCAACAGCGAGAAGGGAACUGAUGAGAACGCCAGUGAAGCCGAGACGAUGAGCCAGGGCGGGCGCGACGCCUCCCGGCGUGAGGUGCGCGCCUCCUCGUACGACCCCCGUAGAGUCAACAAGUCCUCUGAUCAACACCCUCCCCCGUGGUCCUUCCCAACUAGUAUUGCGGUGCCAGUGCCGCAGAUCAUCGGCGGGGCGGGAGACGUUCCGCACACACCUCCACCUCCAUUGCAGCUCCCCACCCCUGCGCAGCUCAUACGGUACCGCGUGCUGGACGCAGCGUGCCCAUUGCCGGUCACCCACCGACUCCUCCUCGGCUCCGUUGACGCGGACAGCUUCAGGCUCCUCCUGCUGUGGCUGAUGAGGCUGACCAAAGAGUGUGCGGAGGCAAUGCUGCUAUGCAGACCCGACAGACACGUGCGCGAAGUGCACAUGCAGUCGGCACGAAUCGAAGGACACCGUUCCAGCAGCGCCAGCGCCGACGACAAUCGACGGCCGCUCAGAGCGGUGCCAACGCCGGCAGUGAUCGAAAAUGAAGCGGCGGAGCCGAUCGGAACGAAGAGGCCGCGGCCGCAGGAUGGGGGCAGUCUACGAUGUAGCGAUGGCAGCGUCGUCAGCGAGUCGUGGAACGUACUCUGCGCCUCUCUAAUACGUGUCCUCUCGUACCUGGUCGCCGCGGCAGCAGAAGCAUCACCGCGGACAGGCUCUGAGCGCCGGCAGUCCACGGAGCCGCUGCUGCCUUCGCUUAUGUCGUGUAUGGCAUCUGCAGCCACGUCAGCCGCCCUGCGUGCCGACCUCCGUCUCUUCCUCGCGGAGGUGGCAGAAGUGCGCGACACUGUUCUCGAAGUUAAGCAGUACUGUUGCGUCGUAGACGCGCAACGCGACGACACGGAGCGCGCCUUGAAGAGGCCUCGUGGUGAGUCUGCUGCAGCAGCGGUACGGCCGCCACCCCCCGCGUCUGUCGCUGGGCAGGGGCAGCCGAUGGCGAUGAGCAACAUGGCGCUACUGGCCCAUCUCGCCGCAAUCGUGGAUAUGCAAGUACGAAAAUAUCUCUGA